UUAUAUAUAUAGAUAAUACUGGGGGGUGGAGAAUAGCAAUAAGCACUAACAAGUGGCCGUUGGCAAAAUGCUUGCUUUAGGAAGGGCCAAGAGGAAAGAAGAAAAGAAAAACGUCAUAGUGAUCUGCACUUACAGAGUUAUAUGCUUCCCAAACUCUGCGUGUCAACAUCUCUCACUCGUAGUAAUCAAACUUCAAAGUCCACCACCAAUGGCUGCCGGCGGCGGUGGCGGCAGAGCAGCUAAGAGCACCACCAAAGGCAAGGCCAAAAACAAGAAACGACACAACAAGAAGCCCCUCAGUCAACACCACCUCGUAAGUCUCGUAGCCACCGCCACCUCACUGGCCCACUCCUUCCUCUCCCAAAACGACCUUCUCCUUCUGCCCUCCCAAACCCUAACCCUAGAAACCCUUCUCUCCUCCACCUCCACCUCCCUCUCCACCCUCCUCUGCUUCCCGAACCCACCACCGCAACCACCACUACGGCCGCCACCACCACCACUAGAAUGCUGGUUCAGCCGCUUCCUCUCCGCUACCUCCGCCAGCAGAAACUUCGACUCACGGUGGUCCUACACCUUCCGCAUGUCCGAACACUCCUUCUCCAUCCUCCUCUCUCUCCUCUCCCCAUUUCUCAACUCCACAAUCCCUUCAAUUCCACCCAAUUUCGUUCUGGCUGCUGCAAUUUACCGUUUAGCCCACGGCGCGAGCUACAAGGCUGUGGGAAGGCGCUUCGGGCUCGACUCGGUGGAGGCCUGCCGAGCCUUUUUCGCCGUCUGUAAGGCGGUGAGCGAUAAAUUAGGUAACUUGUUCGAGUUCCGGUCUGAUAUAGCCCGGAUUGUGGGGGGUUUCGGGUGGAUUUCGCUGCCGAAUUGUUGUGGGGUUUUGGGGUUUGGGAGGUUUGGGGUUGGUGGUGAAGUGUUGGGGCCAAAUGGGUCUUUGUUGGUUCAGGCAUUGGUGGACUCUGAGGGGAGGUUCCUUGAUGUCUCGGCCGGAUGGCCCAGCGCCAUGAAACUCGAAUCCAUUUUCCGUCAGACUAAACUUUAUUUGGGUGUAGAGGAAUCUAGGGACUUGCUGAAUGGUCCUGUUUAUGAGCUUGGUAAUGGCAAGGCCAUUCCUCAAUACAUAUUGGGGGACUCUUGCUUCCCUCUUUUACCAUGGCUUUUAACACCUUAUAUAAGAUCGGAUGAGGCGGAUAGCUUUGGUUCAUUGGAGAAGGCGUUUAAUUCGGUACAUAGUCGCGCAAUGGGGUUGGUUGACACCGCAUUUGGGAGGGUUCGGGCUCGGUGGCAGCUUCUGUCUAGGCAGUGGAAGGAAGAGUGUGUCGAGUUUCUGCCAUUCGUUAUUGUUACAGGGUGCCUGCUGCAUAAUUUUCUCAUCAAGUGUAGUGAGCCCAUGCCAGAUGACAAUGUGAAGAGCUCAAGGGAGGAGGAGCUUCCUGUUUUCCAUGGACAGGUGGAUGAGAGUGGUGAGAGGAUGAGGGAUGUACUUGCCGCCCACCUGAGUCGGAUUGGGUGCCUUGAUCCUAAUUUGCAUCUGAAGUAUGUUAAGCAUCUGCAUAAUCAAGCUCUCAACCACAACUGUCUUGGAAAAUUCACGCAGCCAGAACCCACAAAACUCAACUAGGAAAACAUUAGUGUAUGGAGUUACAUUUAUUAAAAACUAUACUAUGAGAUUACUAUAUAUAUAUAUAUAUAUAUAUAUAUAUAUAUUAUUAGCAGAAAUUUUUUGUACACA